AUGCUCCGGAGCACUAUCGUAGGACAACAUAGCCAUGUCGUGUUCAUAGUCCUUUUCGGUCGAGAACUUAUGUUUCUUCCUUCAGCUCUUUCUUUGUCCGGAACACCUCUCCAAGCUAGGCGCUCUCGACCUUCUACUCGGGCGGUAUCUAUGUUUCCAAUCUGUCAAGAAUCCAAGCAACAUGGAAGCGUCAUUGUUAUAACUGGUGCGAAUCGAGGUCUACAUUUUUUUAAACAAAUCUACAACAAUUUUUCAAAUCUGACGAUUGCAACGGGACUCGGUCGUGGCUUUCUGAAAGCCCUGGCUCAACGAGCAAAAGCUGCCAUUAUAGCUGGCGUCCGAGACCUGUCCUCCACGAGCUCAAAAUCUCUCUCUGAUCUCCCUAUACCCAAUGGUAGUCGCAUCAUCCCACUGGAAAUUUCCAGCACCGAUGACCUGUCUCCAUCUCAGGCUGUCAAAGAACUCACAAAUACUCACGGUAUUACAUCUAUUGACGUAGUCAUCGCCAAUGCAGGAAUAUUACAAUACUACGGCAAGGUUUCCGAGACCCCUCCAUCCAAAGUACGCAACCAUUUGGAAGUCAACACAAUCGGAGUUUUAACUCUCUAUCAAGCCACUCUUCCCCUCCUUUUGAUAUCUCCAGAUCCAGUCUUCGUAGCCUUGUUAACAGCUGUCGCGAGUAUCGGUGUCAUGGGGGACAUACCAAUUCCAGCCACUCCAUACGGAAUGAGUAAAGUGGCAUUAAACUAUAUGGUUCGAAAAAUCCAUUUCGAGAAUGAGAAACUCACUGCUUUUGUUUCGACUACAGGGUGA